CAGUGCAGGGCUCUCCCUGUGAGUUACAUCACUGCCGUGACCCAGCAAAGCCAAGUGCCGGAUGCCAGGGAUCCCAGCCCAGCCCUUCUGCCGGGAUUUGCGGUCACCUGACACAGCCCUGGGAGCGCCUCUGCUCUGCCCUCGGCUCACCGACUCCUUUGUGGGCUCCUGCAGGCGGCCACAGUUCAUUGUGUGCUGCUUCGUGCUCCUGGUUCCUUCACAGGCUCUGGAGAAUCCAUGGUGACAUUCUAGAUGAGGCACGUGGACUCCAUUUAAUCCAGCAACAGUCAGGUCAAUUCUUGGCAUGUUUGACAGAGAAAACAAAGGGGGUGUGAACUUCAAUGAAUUCACAGGAGUCUGGAAAUACAUCACAGACUGGCAGAAUGUCUUUCGAACGUAUGACAGAGACAAUUCUGGAAUGAUUGACAAAAAUGAACUAAAGCAAGCACUAACAGGUUUUGGUUACCGACUGUCUGAUCAGUUCUAUGAUAUCCUUAUUCGGAAAUUUGACAGACAAGGAAAAGGACAAGUUGCUUUUGAUGAUUUUAUUCAGUGCUGUGUUGUUCUACAGAGGCUGACUGAUGUGUUUCGCCGAUACGACACUGACCAGGAUGGCUGGAUUCAGGUGUCCUAUGAGCAGUACCUUUCCAUGGUCUUCAGCAUCGUAUGACAUGGAUAACCAGGAAUUGCACACUGGCAUUACAUAGACUGGAGUUGCCAAAUCAUCCUCUACUGAAUAAGAUUAUUUAUGUAUUAUAAUGGAUGUAACAUCACAUUCUUAAAUUUUGUAUGUUGGUAAUCAUCGUCAGAAUCUGUACUUAAGUUGGUUUUAUUUUGUAUUAUUGUAUAUGACCAUCUCUGCUUACUGUAGUACAGAAAGCACAGAAUCUAGAUUUAACCAGUACAAUGUUGAGCUCUUACACAUAUCCUUACCUCUUACACAUAUCCUGCAUGGGAAAAAUGACUCUUUAGAAAUGCCAAAUUAAAAUCAUGCUUGUUAGUUUAUAUCAGUUGAAAGCCAGAAGUUGCACAACAUGUUUUGCAUGUGCCUUACUUUUAUAAGAGUUUAAUGUAUUAAUUUUUAAAUACAGAAUUUAAAAUUAAGUAAAAAUACCAGGUCAACUUUUA